CACAGGGCCGACAGUGAUUAGCUCAUCGCGGCUGUCAGUCACGCCUCUCUGCCGUUGCUUCCUGUGUGAGCCAGUGGAUUCGGUCUGUCUGCAGCGAGUCUCCGGUAUGGGCAGCUGCCUCACUCCUCAACUUUUUACCGGAGAUUUUAACACAGUUACGAGACAUUUGACACGGUUUAUAUCAUCUAGAAAUGGAUUUCUGAACGGAAUAACCCGAAAGUGAGUCCGACGAGAGUUAAUUCGACCGUUUAAAUUCAUUUUUUUGUUGUUCGAGUUGUUGAAAGGAAGAGGGGAAAAUGCCAGUUGCAACUCUUCUGCCUUUUACCGCGACCCCGAAUAGGAAGUCUGUCAGCCCGACCUCUUUCAGGUUGACAGAGAAGUUCAUUUUGUUAUUAGUGUUUAGCGCUUUUAUAACACUGUGUUUCGGGGCCAUUUUCUUCCUACCGGACUCGUCCAAGCUGCUUAGCGGAGUUUUCUUUCAUUCCUCCGCGGUGGAGACCAACACCCGCACCGGUCCGGACAGCAGCGACCCAGGUCCGGCUGGAAGCGACGAGAGGGUCCUGGCCAAAAUCAAGAAAGACCACGAAAAAGCUCUGUUAGAGGCCAAGGAUACUCUACAAUUACGACCCGACGAGAUAAAGCAAGCCAUUUUAAUUGAGAAGGAGAAAGUUCAAGCGAGUAUAGGUCAAGGUGGGAAAGAUGUUAAUAAUUUACCUUUCGUUGAGUAUCACCGCCCACCCGGGGCAACUGGACAUGAACCUCUGGACCCCGAAACCAAGGACCGGCGGGCCAAAAUCAAAGAGAUGAUGAAACACGCGUGGGACAGCUACAGGCGCUACGCCUGGGGUUCCAAUGAGCUCAGGCCCGUCUCCAAGCAAGGCCACUCCAGCAAUCUAUUCGGCAGUAUAAAGGGAGCGACCAUAGUGGAUGCUCUGGAUACCCUCUACAUCAUGGAAAUGUUUGAAGAGUUUGAUGCUGCGACGGACUGGGUAGAGAAGAACCUCGACUUUAAUAUGAAUGCAGAGGUGUCUGUGUUCGAGGUGAACAUCCGGUUUGUUGGAGGUCUGCUGUCCGCCUACUACCUGUCUGGGAAAGAGGUAUUCCGUAGGAAGGCGGUGGAGCUGGGUGAAAAGCUGCUGCCAGCCUUCAAAACACCCACCGGCAUCCCCUGGGCUCUGCUUAACCUCAAGAGUGGUAUUGGGAGAAACUGGCCGUGGGCUUCAGGCGGCAGCAGCAUCCUGGCAGAGUACGGCACGCUGCAUAUAGAGUUCAUGCACCUCAGCAAACUCUCAGGGAAUCCUGAGUUUGGACAGAAGGUAAUGAACAUCAGGAAGGUGCUGAAUCGCCUGGACAAACCUUCGGGUCUGUACCCCAACUACCUGAACCCCAACAGCGGCCAGUGGGGCCAACAUCACGUCUCCGUCGGUGGCCUUGGUGAUAGUUUCUACGAGUACCUGCUGAAGGCCUGGCUGAUGUCUGACAAGACUGACGAGGAAGGCAAGAAAAUGUAUUAUGAAGCCCUGCAGGCAAUAGAAACGAACCUGAUGAGGAAGUCGAGCAGCGGGCUGACCUACAUAGCGGAGUGGAAGGGGGGGCUGCUGGAGCAUAAGAUGGGUCACCUGACCUGUUUCGCAGGUGGCAUGAUCGCUCUGGGUGCUGAUGGGGCGCCCAGCGACAAGACGGGCCACCAGAUGGAGCAGGCCGCCGAGAUCGCCCGGACCUGUCACGAGUCUUACGCCAGAACUGCUUUGAAGCUCGGCCCGGAGGCGUUUCGCUUCGACGGCGGGGUCGAGGCCAUCGCCACCCGGCAGAAUGAGAAGUACUUCAUCCUCCGUCCCGAGGUCAUAGAGACCUACAUGUACAUGUGGAGGUUCACCCACGACCCCAAGUACAGGGAGUGGGGCUGGGAGGCUGUUCAGGCUCUGGAGCAGCACUGUAAAUUAGAAGGAGGCUACAGCGGCGUCAGAGACGUCUACGCUUCGACUCCCAACCACGACGACGUGCAGCAGAGCUUCUUCUUGUCCGAGACACUCAAGUAUCUCUACCUGCUCUUCUCCGACGACGACCACCUACCGUUCGACCACUGGGUGUUCAACACCGAGGCUCACCCUCUGCCCGUCAUCAAGAAGGACAAGACAGACCUCCCCAACGAGGUGGAGUAGCGGCCCCGUCCUGCGCCGACGCCCAAAGCAAGUGCGAGAGAACCUCUGAUCCUGUUUACCUGAGCCUCCAGCUGUCUGUCUGAAAACAGUUUAGCCAUUUGGAGUCCCCGACGGUCACAGAUGCCUCUCUGUUGGGAUUCCACGUUUUAUUUUGAAUAGGAUCAAAACAGAACUCCAGUUCUUGCUGUAGAAUCCAAUUUUUCUAAUUUAAUUUUUUGCUUUUGUUGACCAGAACCAACGUAUUUACUGCCGAAUGACAAGCGAAGAGAAAGCAGUGACGUCGUCAGACAGGUGUGUGAGUUCUGAGGGUCUGACCCGUCGUUAUUCGUCAGUGCUUUUGUUGUUAGUAGCUUUGUAUGUGUGUGAAGGAGAAGCACUGAAACCAGUCGUCUCCUAAUGUGGACAUUUUGGACCAGAGCUUUGGGCGCCAAAACCCAGAAAGACUGCAGCUCUCGUCUGAGGAGCACAAGGAGCAGCGCGUCGUCUUUCCCUUCUGCUGAGCCGCUUCAGCGCCUGAAUGGGAAGCGGUUUCCCUGCGCCGGUGCCUCCACCUCCACCGCAUUUGCUUUUAUAACAAAACUUGUGGUUGUUUCUGUGGGAGUAAAGGGAAGACGCAGCACAACCAGAGCCUCUUUUUAUAAACCCACAGAACAGCUUCUUCCUCUGAGCGGUGGGUGUGACGCAGGACGACCGGCCACACCUGCUCUCCCCGCGACGCCGCCCCUCUCCUUCUCUCGUCUUCAUCGCUGUCUUUAUCUGGCUUCUUUGGGUCCUGGAUUUUAUUUCUCCUUCUCAUUCCUGAUGUUUGUCCGGCUUUUCAAAACGUAUUUGUUCCAUUUGUGCUGACAGAAGUGACAUGUUUACAUGACUUUAAACUCACUCAAUGAUUACAGGGUUUGGAAAGUAAACGAUCCACCGGUCAACCGCACCUCAUGGCUUUCUGCAGAAAGCUCGGGAGUGGACCUUGAGUUAAGUUUUAAAUGUUCACGCUCAAUAUUAUUGUUGGAUUACAGUCAUUGAAAAUUAAGCAAUUUCAUUUUGACGAUCCACAAACUUCUGCAAAUUCACCUUCACACACACACACACACACACACACACACACACACACAAGAAGCCAUACUGAUUUACCAUUCAGUCGUUGAGAUUAUUUCUGCUCCCUUCGUGUGACUGUUGAUACAAACAGUUGGGUAAAGUUUAGUUCAGUCUUCGAUGUGGUGCCUUCACUGUCGAGGAGUCGGAGGGAAAAGCAUCACACAGAAGAGUUUAAACAGUUCUAGGAUUUCACCAAAACUGCACACGGACUGCUUUUUAAUUCCACAUUCAACACAACUUGUGUUUGAAAGUAGAACAAGAGUUUGGUGAGAAGUGUCUUUGUCACCAGUAGAGCCAGUAACCUGGCCGACACUGACACCUAGUGGUGAGAUCUUGCUAUUACAGUCGACUGCAGUCUGGGAACUUGUUUAAAAUGUUAUCAGAAUAUCCUCCUUCAAAAAAAUCCCUUAAUUGAAUUAGAAAAACGGAAAUGGAUUCAUAAGUAGAUGAUUUCCACAUUUCAUGUCCCUAUACUGAUCCCAGUAAAGCGUAACACAUAUCGUCCCCGUGCAACAAGACUAGAAACUGAAUCUAAAUCCCUGAUCUUAGUUGUUUCAUUUAGUUUUCACCUGGUUGUUAUUAUUCCAAAUGAACACGGCUGAGUUCCCAAAUUGCUCCAUGCUCCUCAUCACUGUACAGAAUCUGCUUUUCUCUCAGUGCGAGUUGGUUUCCAGGCGUCUUAUUACCCGUGUUGUGUUGUAAUGGUUGAUUUAUGCUGAUUGUGUUAAUUUAUUCUGUAGUCGUGAACAUAGGAGCCGACCUCCAGGUGGCGCUGUGGGUUCAACGUUUCGUUACGUUGCAUAUUUAUCUACCAAAAAGAGAAAAGCAUCCUGAGCUGAUAUCUUCAAAGAAAGUUUAUUGUAACAUCGAUGAGUCACCGAGAUGGUGUUACAGAAAUGUCACCGAGGAAUCCUAAGUGUUAAACGCUCCACGUUUCUUUUUUCAAAGCGACGUCAGCAGGAAGAGGAAACCUGGGAGUCACAAACACACGGGACUUGUAUGAAUGUACCAUCCAAUGUGAAGAAUGUUUUAUACGCAUCUGUUUUUGUCUUGGUGUGUUCACGUCUCGUGCUUCUGUUUAGUUUAGUUUGAUCUUGGAAAGCACAGCGAGAAGAGAAGCGUCUGUACUUUAACUGUUACGUGUCUAAAAGGACGUACAUGUAGGAAACGAUCCAAAUCACGUCUCGUACGUAUUGACAUAUAGGAAUAUUCAGCUGCAUAGUGUGGACCGGACGUAUGUAGAAACACUGCUUGAUAUGAAUACAGAGAGAGUCUUCGUCGUGCUUCGUCACUGUUCUGGUUCGUAGAGAAGUCUUCUCACCUUAUUGGCUCAGAAUCAAGGAAAGGGAGAUUUUCCAGAUUGUGGAAAACAGUUUUAUUUCUUUGCCCCUUUAUUGGCUGCUAACCUGCAACUUUCAAUAAAGUUCAUCUUAGACUUAAGGAAUCCUCACGUGGUUUUGGCUGGAAAGUAAAGCAGUAAUAAUACAACAGUCUCUCGCUGGUGGCAGUUUUCCUUCCUUAGAUACAAAGAGUUUCAAAACCUCAUUUGAAACUUCGUAUGUUUAAGGCGACAUUAGCUUCACCUCGCGUGACGUCGGCUUCACCUCGCGUGACGUCGGCUUCACCUCGCGUGACGUCGGGGCUUCACCUCGCGUGACGUCGGGGUCACCUCGAGUGACGUAGGCUUCACCUCGAGUGACGUCUGCUUCACCUCGAGUGACUUCUGCUUCACCUCGAGUGACGUCUGCUUCACCUCGAGUGACGUCUGCUUCACCUCGCGUGACGUCUGCUUCACCUCGCGUGACGUCUGCUUCACCUCGCGUGACGUCGGCGUCACCUCGCGUGACGUCAGAUCCACUUGCAGACUUUUAAUUUGUGUUGUUUUUCUUCAAAAGGUUUUUUGUGUUUUGGUGAUUUUCUGAAUAUUGUGUUGAUGAUCCGUUGCGUUCGAAUGCCUUUCUUUUGAAUAUUAAAGGGGAAUGCCACCUUUUUAUUUAGAGGUCAGACCUCGUGAAGAUGCACCACUUCUCCCAAAGGAAACGUCUAAUUUAACUCCCUGUGACGUCGCUGUUCUUCACGCUGACCGGUCCCGGGACUCGCAUAAUCUGAAUUUGUAAAAUGUUUGGCGUUGCCCUUUAAAGGUUUGAAUGCGUGAACCUCAGAAAUGUAUCUGUACAAAGUAUUGCUGAUAAUCAUUCCAUUGCACAUAGUUUACUUUGCGUUUAUAUGCAAUAUCUUAAUUUUGUGGGGAAAUCUUGUUUUAUUGUGUUAAUAUUAUUAUUGAAAACAAAAUGUAAAUAUUCCAUUCCGGCAAACGAGCCGCUCUACAUUUAUAUAAAAAUCUUCUGAUCUUAUGGAUUAAAAUGAUAUUAAUAAGCAGCAGACUUUUUAAUAAACUAUAUUUGUUACACUUCUAUUGUGAAUAAAAAAAUCUUUUAAUAA